GGAACAUCGACCACAGAGACAGUAAGCUAUCCUCUUAGACAUCAAACACCAAUUACAGACAAUUUGCCAUAUCAUCCGAGAGGCAACUACAGUAUUGUCAAGCAAUGAGAGAGAACGCAUUCACCACUUCCAUUUUCUGCGUAUCCACUCUGUGUAGUUCUCUGUGUUGUGUGGUGACCAGCCCAGCGCAGAAUGUUCAAGAGGGCUCUAACGUCCAUCUCUCCUGCAUCCUUGCGCAGUGUUUCAGAAGUGUGGAUCAUCGCCAACUCACUGUGGAGUGGGAGUUUCACAAACCAUUGGAUGAGAAAGAGGCCACUCUCAUCUAUCACUACCAAGAACGGACUGUGAUCAUUAAUGCCAGAGUGGUUCUGGUGGGGAACAUCUCUGAAGGGGACUUCUCGAUCCUGCUAACUUCAGUGACAGUCCAAGAUAGUGGCACUUACGUGUGUCGCCUACACCCUUCACCCGAAGAUCCAGUCAUCCAUAAGAAUUACACAGAGCUCAAAGUAAAAAUGUCAGUUCCCCCCAAAACAAGAUCUAGGAGUCAACCGGAAGACGCACAGAAACUCGGUGUAACCUAUCAUGCUUGGCUGUUGCCAUCUACUUGUGUGCUUGGUCUGUUGUGCCUGGUGGGCGGAGCCAAAGUUGGAAUGUGGGCAUCUCGCAGAAGGUCACAACCACAACAAGAUGACCAGAGUCACAUCAAGAUAGACACAUACAUUGAAUACACACUGGAUGGAGAGAAGGUAACUGGAGAGAAGGACACCAACGACUAUGACACACUCCAGAGGUUCAGAGCCCCACCCCCUCCAACACCUUAUGAAGGACAAGGCAUCUACGUUACCAUGCAUGGCACACCGACCAUGGUUCCAAAGGUUCAUCCCCAGCCUCCGUCACAUCCAUGCAGAAAGACUAUUCCAGAGGAGUGGCUUCAGCAGGAGACGCCCCCAGGAGGGAUCAGCGGGGGCGCAAUUGUAACUGGGGGCGUUUGCAACACAUUGAGUAUCUCAUAAAUCAUACCCAAUGAAUUGAAUUUGCCACAGUUGGACUCAAGUCAAGUGCUAGAGACAGCUCACAUAUGAUCAAAGAAAACCGGAUGCAGCUGAAAUACAUUUGAAGUGCCAUUGAGCUAUUAUUGCACACAAUUUACUGGGUAUUAUGUGGAAGUUGGUUGUAAAAUUGUUAAAAACAAUUAUAAAUUGUCUGUAAUCCAAAAAUACAUGGAGAAAGUAAAAGGGUCUGAAGAUGCCUCAGCAUCAGACCAACAACCCUGAAUCCAGGCCAAUGCAUCUGUAACAACCAAAUGCUCCUGAAUCCAGGCCAAUGCCCCUGUAACACCCAACUGCUCCUGAAUGCAGGCCAAUGCCCCUGUAACACCCAACUGCUCCUGAACGCAGGCCAAUGCCCCUGUAACACCCAACUGCUCCUGAACGCAGGCAAAUGCCCCUGUAACACCCAACUGCUCCUGAAAGCAGGCCAAUGACCCUGUAACACCCAACUGCCCCUGAAGCCAGGCCAAUGCCCCUGUAACACCCAACCGCCCCUGAAUGCAGGCCAAUGCCCAUGUAACACCCCUGAACCCAGCCCAAUGUAAAACCCUACUGCCCCUGAAAAUAUACAUACCAAGUAGUAGGAGUAAUAAGAAAAAAAAUAUUUUGAUUUACAAUGGAUUACACCUUUAAAGUAAGUCACGCCAAACAAUAUUUUGUUUUCAUCUACUCUGUUUACUCCCUUUUUUGCUUACUAUGUAUUCUGUUACCUACCUAUUCUGUUAAUGAAAAGACAAGAGAAUUGUGAAAACCCCUCCUCUUUUACUGCUC